AAUUUGAAAACAAAAAAAAAGAAAAAAAAAAGAAACGGGAACGCUUCGAAACGGCAAAGCAAAAACACACCAUACCAGAGGAUCUAGGGUUCCCUUGGAUCUCUCUGCAGCUGCUAAUUCAAAUCGCUAUAUUUAAUUUAUUUUUAAUUACUUCCUUUUCUUUACCUUAAUCGGUGUUUAAUUGUUAAAAUCAUUUUUACUGAUUGAGAAAUGGGCGAGUUGGAGAUUUUAUAAUCAAUUUAGGGUUUCUUUCUGAACUCCAAUCAAAUCGAACCGAAUCAAAAUCAAAACCUAAUUAUUGGUCACUUGAAAUAAUUGUAAUAUCUGUAAAAAUGCGAGGAUCGCAGAAAUCAAAACGAGUUAGUUGGGCAUCAGAUGUUAAUCUUUGUCAGGUAAGGCUGUUCUUAUCAGAUGAAUCUCCUUCACAAGCUGGGUUGGGCACCCAGGAUCAUCUCCAAGCAAAGGCAUCGUGGUUAUCGCAUCCAGCCGGCACAGUUUCUGAUGAUUUUUUGCCUCCUGGGUUUGAGGGAGGUCAAACUGCAAAUCAGUCACAUAUUAAGUUGGCCAACAUACCUAUAAUCAAAUGGAGAUGUCCACCCAGGUUUGUGUUGGACUUGACUUGGCAAGUGGUUGCGGGAGAAGAGAGUGAAGAUGUGGAGGUUCAAAAUCAGCGGGAGAUGAGAGUGCUCGAAGCUGUUUACCCUCGCUCAUCUGCCAUUCCUACCAACCCCAUUUUCUGCCCAGAUGUAGAAGAUUUCCGACAUGGUGAUCAUCAAGUUCCGCUAAUUCCUAUUCAUCCCAUCGAAGAUGAAGACGCUACUGAUCUAGCUUCUGAUGUCAAGGGUUCACAUGAUGUUCCCAUCAGCUCACAGUCCCAGUUAUUGGCUCCACCUGCUCAAUGCAGCAUUCCUUUUAUAUCAAAUACGCCUAUCAAUGAGAAACCUGCUGCCGGAGUGCUCCCUGGUGUGGAACCCGACGUAGUAGCCGCUGCAUCUGCUGCCUUCUCUGCUAUUAAUAAAAGUAACGAGCAAGGAAGUUUGAUAGACCAUGAUCUACUUAUCAAAAUUCUGAACAAUCCAAAAUUGAUAGAGAAGUUGGUUCAAGAUUAUGGAACUGCCUCCAAUGUGCAGAGCACACCUAAGGCAGCUGCAUCAUUUACCCAUUUACCGGACCCUCCUCCUCCUCCGCAGCCGCCGGUAUCUUUAUCAGAACCAUCUUAUAUGCAUAUGAAUAAUAGAGCAGAUAUGAAUGCACCAUCAUUUACCGCUACUUCAAGUGGACCGUUUUACGGUCAGCCAAAUGGGGUUGGUCCGAUAUAUCUUCCAAAAGCACCGGUUCCUCCACCUCCACCUCCACCUCCGGUUCCAGCUCCGCCUUCUGUUGGAGUUCCGCAGAUGAAGGACAUGAAUUAUUACAAGAACUUGAUCCAGCAACACGGAGGGGAAAGACAAGAAGCCCCUCAUCAGUACAGCAACCGAUACAGCCAUCAUGUAGGAACGAGUCAAGAAUCGGUUAAUCCUAAGUCCAGAGAUUCAAAGCAUAAGAUAAUGAAGCCUUGUAUUUAUUUUAACAGUUCAAGAGGAUGCAGGCAUGGGGCCAAUUGUGCAUUUCAGCACGAUGCGUCGACCCAGCAACGAAGCAGUAGCAUAUCAGAGGUGCAAACUGCUAAGAGAAUGAAAUUGGAUAGGGAAAUUAGCAGUUGAUUUCGCUAUUACUAGUAGUUUCUUGAGAUGAAAAUUUACAUUGCAUCUCUGCAUUUUGUGUAAUUUCUGGCCUGGCUUUGCAACAAAUAGUUCCGCAUUCAUCAUAA